GGAUCCAAGACAUUAACAUCUUCAGAGCAUUCAACUAGCAGAUCAGUGGGCAGUGAUGGCAAUUCACCCCAGCUUACCACCAUUUUCCCAGAGGAUACAACUAGCAGUUCAGACGAAAGUGAUGGUUUUGUACCACAGCUUACUGACAGUCUCCCUUCUUGUGUAAACUAUACUGCAAGCAAUGCAAAGAAGCCAAUUAGAGGCCCUCCUGAGCUUAAUAAAGUUCUCCCAUCCUUGGCUGACAUUAACACAAUAACCAAACCUUCAAAAGAUGCUGAUCUCCCUGAUGAUGUUCUAUUACUGACAGUGAAGAAUUAUGAGUUCUUAGCUUGUUACAGUGAGCUUAAGAACCCCUAUAGAUGUUACUUUGAUGGUCUCGGAUAUGUUUACUUUUCUGAUGUGGAUAGAAGGCAAGAGAAAGUUACAGUCGCAUUAUUAAAAUGUUUUGAAAAUAGUAGUGGUCCUGGUGGUUCUCUUGUCUCUGUUAAGAAUGCGGCCACUGUACUAAGACCUAAAGCAGUUAUAUCUGUUGGUGCAUGUAGCAGCCUUCACCCUGAGAAAUCCAAGUUAGCAGACAUUGUUGUUUCUGCCAAAAUAGCAACAUAUGCAUCCAAAGUGGUGAUCAAUAAUCAAGAACAGUCAACUGGUAUGAGGAGUUAUGUGAGCAAACGCUUCCUGGAUGUCAUUAAGAAUUGUGCUGAUGGCUGGCAAGCACCAUUGAAGAACCUGGCUGAUGCUCAACAAGUUCAAGUUUAUACUGCUGCUGAGUUUCUGAGUGGACCAGAACAAGUCAUUUCUGGACAGCGGCGUGAUCAACUUGCUGAAACCAAUCCUCAGGCAAUAGCAAUGGAAAAUGAAGGAGAAGGUAGGCCGACUGCUUUUUGAUAAGAGGGUGCACACAGCCAGGUCAAGCUUUGCUUGAGGUGGAAAGAGACACAGUAGCAUGCAUCAUACUUGUACUAGAAAAGCAAAAAUUUUGUUUCCUUAAAAGCAUCAAGAGGUCGGGAGUUUGGCACUUAAAAUCAUGUCUGUCAGUUUCAUUGGGAAAUCCUCUCGUUUUUGCUUGAGAAAUAAUAAUUAUUGUCAUAUUGCCUAAAACAUUAUGCGGCUAAAUCAAAUUUAGGCUAAGUUUAACUCUAAACAUUGCUGGCCACUUAAGUUAAAUCUUUCAAGUGAGAAGGCUCUUCGGGAACGCUGGGGAAUUCACAGCUUCUCUGUUGAGGUCAUACCAUUACAUUCAAGUAGCUUAUUAAUGUUGCUUGUACUCGUCAAUUGUUCUGCUCCUUACCCUGCCUUCCCUUUGGUAAGUACAGUGGAACCCCGUUAAUACUGUCACUAAUGGGUCAAAACAAUUUGGCCACGUCAACGGGGUGGCUGAAUUACAAGGGCAGGGUCAAACUUUAUGACUUAAGGACUGUAAUGACAAGCACAUCAUACAUCGCUGUCACACUUCUUGUACAACGCUGUUCUCUUAAAUAAAUAACAGGAAUGUAGAUAUCACGUACCGUAGUUGUAAAAACUACUUGAAACUCCGUCAGGACAUAAAACAGUUUUUAAAAAUCGACUAUAAGACCACCACAAAAUACAUUGUAAGUGACUAUAGUUUAAAAACAGUAGAAAAACAAGCGCAGCUUGAUUACUAGGUCAAUGAAAUUGACAUAUCACAGGCAUUUCAAUUUUCAAAAUUUCUGACAAGUGGCCGUUUUAGUGGGGUGAAAUAUUUUAUUGUAAAAGAUGCUACUGUUUGGGAUUUUAAAAUAUGGCAAUUGGCCACAUCAGUGGGUGACUGUGUUAACAAGGUUUUUUCAUUAGAAAAUGUAUGGCCAUUUUGCCAGGCCAAAAGUUUCUAUAUGAUCGUUACGAUCACAGCGAUCGCUGAGAAAAAAAGUUCAGCGAUCAUAUGGAAACCACUCUCCAGUGAUCGCAGCGACAACGAUCGCUGAGAUAGAACUUUUUAUAUCUCAGCAAUAUGUUGUCGCUGCGAUCGCUGGAGAGUGUUUUCAUAUCAUCGCUAUGAUCGCUGAAGUUUUUUUUUUCUCGGCGAUCGCAGCGAUCACAGCAAAGGUAGCGAUCAUAUGGAAACCGGGCUUUAAUUUGAUCAUGGCAUAUUUUAAACGUAAGGAUUGCUUACAGUGAAACCAGUCUAUUUAAACUGUGUAUUAUUAUGAAAAAGCUAGUGAUAUUGUAUGGUCCGUCUCAAUAAGUGCAGUAGUUUGGUCGAGUGUGUUGAUUUCACUGACUUGAGUGGAGCUACUUUGGGCUGUUUAUAACUUUUUCCGAAUAAAUAACAUAGACCUAAAAUGUUCUUUUGUCCGGUGCCGAAAAUAUCCCAAGUCAUGAUGAGACGGCACCGCCGAGCUUCACAUCUUGACAGAUUUACUUUGUAGCAAAACGGCCGCCGAGCUACACAACUCGGUAGAUUUACUUUGUGGUACAACAGCCGCAGAAACGUUUGAAAGAUGAACGUUUCGAAAGAUUCAGCGAACACAGAUCGAUAGUAGACCUUCAGAAAACUCUUGAAAUAUGUACGCUUUGCGAAGAUUCAGCAAACUUUUAAAAGAUGAACGCUUUACGAAGGCAAAAUAAAAGACCUCAGAAAACGCUUGAGGACACACGAAUCACCAUUUUGAGUUAGUUCGUCAAAGUAAGGCAAAACGUAAGCAAGCGCCUCAAAGCGAGGCAAAUGUGUGUCGACGACGACGACAAAUGCAAUCUCAAAAAACCUCCCUUAUUAAUUGCACAGGGCACCCAAUAAUGCGCAGAACACCCAACACAAAUAAGGGGUUGCGCUCUCGUACCUCGAAUGCAAAAAUGGCUGCCAACAUCUCUCACUGUCUGGUCAAGUUUCUUAUUUUGCUGAUGAAGACACUUAAAUGAAACAGGACUUUUCUCAAACCUCAUCUACUGUUUGUUUUGUUGUUCUACAGGCGUAUUUACAGCAGCAUUUGAUUGUCAAAUUGAGUGGUUAAUUGUGAAAGGAAUAGCUGACUAUGCAGAUGGUUCUCAGUUAGCUUCAGAGAGUUGGUCUUCCUGUGCGAGUGUGAUGGCAGCAUCUCUUGUUGCACACAUGUUGAAUGAACCCUGUGUUUUCCAUUCAUGGCCUCAUUAUCAAGGUAAUCAUGCUAUCAUAAAGUGCUGUCACAUCUUGGCAUCUGAUUUAUUGAAUCUAUUGUUGGGUUCGUUCCAUAGUACAGUCACAGAUAAGCUACAUGGUACAUGCUCUGGGGUGCAUGCCAUCCCAAAUUCAGCAUUCCACUUGUUCAAGUUGAGAUUCAAGUAGUAUAGUGAAUGUGAUACAUUUCUGUAAAAUAACAAGAAGCAUUGGAAGUGUGCAUCUCAUUAAAAAGGGACCAGUACGAUUUGAGAUAAUUUGCAAUAUUUAGAAGCUAUCGUGAUAGUCCGGAUUAUACCGGAAAUCCUCUAUUAAGCCACCCUCUUCUGAAAUAACCCCCCUCCCUCUUAUAAUCACCCCUUCCCUCCCCUAAUUAUUCUUUACUAAUGAGGAUGGAUGGUUUCAUACCAACUGGAAGUUUGGAUUUGAUUAUGAUCCUCCGUGCAUGACCUUAAACCUUCUUGUACUUGAGCUUUUCCACUUAGUUUUGUAGUUCUCUAUGGAGAGCUGAUACUAUCGUCUUUUCUAAAUUAAUUGAGCCCCCCACCCCAUCUCAAAUAAGGAGGAUUUGCGGUAGUGAUAUUUUGACACUUGACAUGCAUAUUUUAGACAGUGGUGAAAAUAUUAUUAUUAUUAUCGUUUUAUACGUCAUCAGUGAAUCAAUAAAAUAUCAAUUUUGUUAUCAAACUAAUGAGUGUUUUUUCUUCAGGACCGCAACCACAAGUGUUAAUCACCUACUAUGAUGAAACCCUAGCCGCUCCUUUCAUCGAACGUAUGAAGAAACAUGUCCGAGAUGUCACUGACAAACCUUACAGAGACCUCAAAUCACCUUUUCAUAAUCCAGGCGAAGGACCUAGAAGAGAUCUAAAACUUGACGAAGUCUUCACCAAUUUGCUUGUUUAUAAAGGGAGAGCGAAGUAUGACUUUUCAGGAGACAGAGUGAAACAGCUAAACGAGUACCACAAAGCCAAUGAAAGUUUACGACCAACACCGCCAGGAGAUAUUUUUAAUGCUAAAGAGCUGAAGAUUCUUGUUGUCGGUCGUCCUGGAAUUGGAAAAACCAUGUUUAGCACAAAGAUUCUUCGCAACUGGGCGUCCGAUAACCUUUUCAACGAAACACAAAAAUCGCAAGUCGAUUUUAAAGUUGCCUGUCUCAUUAAGCUGAGAAUGUUUAACUAUAGAAACCAAGAACUAAAUCUUCGCGAGAUUCUGGAUCACUCAGAGUAUUCAACCGCUCUUUCCGAAGAGCUCUGGAACUACAUCCGCCACAACCCAGAGCGAGUACUGUUGAUUUUUGAUGGAUUUGACGAAUAUUCUGGUAGGACCAAAAUAAAUGAAGAUGACAUUCAGUACAGAAACAGUGAAGAGGAAAGGAUGCCUGUUUAUUUCCUUAUGAAGAAAAUGGUAGAGGGAAAAAUUCUUACCGGUGCGACAAUCCUAACGACUACAAGACCCAAUGCCGUGUCAUGUAUGAAAAGUCUUCAGUUCGACAAAACAGUUGAAAUUCUGGGAUUCUCAACUGAGCAAGUAAAUAAUUAUGUAGAGAAGUUUACAAAGGAGGCGGACAAAGCGGAAACCAUAAAGCAACACAUCACCAGUAACUUAAACCUUGUAGCCUUCUGCUACGUUCCUGUUAAUUGCUUCAUCAUUUGUUGCUGCUUGUUAGAGUUGCUUGGUAACACGGGCUUUACCAGCCUCCCGACGAGACUGACAGAAAUAUACUCCAUUGCAGUAAGAAUGUUUUACUUUAGCGACGAUGAUGAUCAAUAUCGCCACAAUAAAACUGAAGGUCAACAGUAUUUUCUUAAGCCGUUUAAGGAACUGCCUUCCUCUGUGCAAAAUGUGUUCACACGACUGGGAAAAAUUGCUUUUGAUGGAAUUAAAAAAGGAAGAUUAAUUUUUGAAACACGCGAAGUUAACGACCUAGAGAGUAAUGGCCUGUUUCACCGUUUACCUGAUUUUAGAGACCGUCCUUUAGCAGAGGGAAGAGCGCAAUAUUGCUUUUUACAUCUGACCGUACAGGAGUUCUUGGCGGCGAAGUAUUUGGUAGACACGUUGAGUUCCGAACAACUGCGGGAUUUUGUUGCCGCUCACAUCGAGGUUGGCGCGUGGAAGGUUGUGAUGCAGUUUGUGGCUGGACUGCUGGCUGAAAAAGAAGGACAGUCAACAGAUAUUUUCAGCGAUUUUCUUCCCUCAAAAACUUCUACUGAAGAAGUUGAAAUCAAGAUGAAUGAAGAUUUAGAGGAACGAACUGAAACACUGACCCGUUGGCCAGACUACGGAGGAGACAAGCAUUUAGUGGUGACGCUAUUCAAUUGCAUGUAUGAGAACAAAGCCUCUGAUCAAGAAGUUCAAAAGAAACUGGCGAAAAUUGGUUGUAAUGCGCUUGAUUUUAGUCAGUGUAACCUGUCACCUCUCGACUGUGUAGCAUUAGUGCAUGCACUUAAAUCUGUUGAAGGAAUUUUGGAUUUUGAUUUAAACGGCAGCAACCUUCAGUCGCUAGGAUGUAUUGAGAUUGCGAAGUUGUUACCUGGUAACCAACACAAUCAGGGUUUUUGCGAACUAAAAAGAUUAAACAUCGCUUAUAACCACAUAACUGAUGAAGCAGUUAAACAGUUAUCUACAGCACUCACACACACUAACUGCAAAGUAAACAGCUUAAACCUCGGGGGUAACAACAUAACUAAUGAAGCAGUUAAACAUUUAUCCACAGCACUCACACACACUAACUGCAAACUAAACAGCUUAAACCUCUAUAAUAACAUCAUAACUGAUGAAGGGGUGAAACAUUUAUCUACAGCACUCACACACACUAACUGCAAACUAAACAGCCUAAACCUCUAUAAUAACAUCAUAACUGAUGAAGGG